GCAUUGGAAAUCAAACAUGAAUUUCGAAGUAGGCAAUAAAGCGUUUGGGGAUGAUUAUUAACAGGAGUCUAUCAUUUUUGGUGAAAUAGAAUGUCAUAGUUGUCCGGAAAUCGUUUUGUAAUAUCAUUGUUAGACUGGAGUGCGUUGCUGACAAGGACAUUCUGGCAAUAAAUCGAAAAUCAGAUUGAAGCGUUUGGGAAGUGCCGCGAUGGAAAUGGAUUACAAAAGUAUCUGGACAAUUUCGGAAGACGCCGAUGUCGUAGGAGUUAACGUUGAAUAGAAAGGCAGACAAUAUACUUGUGCCGCUUCAUUUCUCUUAUUGGAAGUAAAAAACUGCGGACUGACAAAGACGGCAUGUAAGAAGUAACUGUAACAAUUAUCCAAGCGGAUGAACCAACGCACCAGAUAACCCACUGCCAACCUGCCGGUCUAGCUGCCCAUGUUUUACAACACGGGUACGCAGAAACAGGCGCCCGGAGAGGAGCCCCCGCCUGGGAUCCCCUCCGCGGCUGCCAGGGUGGGUGCACUUCGCGAUAAAUCCCUGGUACGGACAGACAGCUCCACCGUCACGGGCGACGCCCCUCCACGUAUCGGACUUGAGAUGUCUAUCAAGAAACAUAAGCCAGAGGUGUCUUUACCUCCGAAUCAAACUCAGGUUAACCCUAUUCAGACUGCAGCUCCAACCACCACUGUAAUGGGCAGCGUCAGUGAUGCAACAAGUCAACCACUUUUUGUCCCGGUUCCACGUCAGAUCUACGCCGCGCCUCCCACAGUACCACCGGAUCCCUUUACAAUAAUCAGGAGUAAAACUAUGAAUAAACGAGUAACUAUAAAUGUUGGUGGCGUAAAACAUGAGGUUUUAUGGCGGACAUUGGACAGAAUGCCACAUACUCGGUUAGGGAGGCUAAAGGACUCCACGACACACGAGGCAAUCAUGGUCCUCUGUGAUGACUAUAGCUUGAUUGAGAAUGAAUACUUUUUCGACAGGCAUCCUAGAUCAUUCGCUUCCAUUUUAAAUUUCUACAGAACUGGGAAACUUCAUUUAGUCGAAGAAAUGUGUGUGUUAAGUUUCAGCGAGGAUUUGGAGUACUGGGGUAUAGACGAAUUGUACUUGGAGUCAUGUUGUCAACACAAGUACCACCAGAAAAAGGAACACGUGUUUGAGGAGAUUCGGAAGGAGGCUGAGAGUCUGCGCCAGCGGGAAGGCGAGGAGAAUUUCGGUGAAGGGCCCUGUGCGGGGAUACGGAAGAAAGUGUGGGAUUUGUUGGAGAAGCCCCAGACGUCAACUGGAGCCCGGAUCGUAGCAGUGGUGUCUAUACUCUUCAUCAUACUCUCGACGAUCGCACUGACACUUAACACAAUUGACACCAUCCAGGAAAAGGACGAGCAAGGCGACCCCAUGGACAACCACAAACUUGUCAUAGUAGAAGCCGUGUGCAUCGGCUGGUUCACCUUGGAAUAUCUUCUCCGGUUAUGGGCGUCUCCGAAUAAAUGGAAAUUCUUCAAAGGACCUCUGAAUGUUAUAGAUUUGUUAGCUAUUCUUCCUUACUUCAUAUCUCUUGGUUUGCAAGAGUCAAAUAAAAGCACUGAGCAAUUUCACAAUGUUCGCAGGGUGGUGCAAAUCUUUCGAAUCAUGCGGAUAUUGAGGAUUCUUAAGCUUGCAAGACACUCGACGGGCUUGCAGUCACUAGGAUAUACAUUACAAAGGAGUUAUAAGGAACUUGGUUUGUUAAUGAUGUUCUUAGCCAUUGGAAUAUUAAUGUUCUCCAGUUUAGCAUAUUUCGCUGAAAAAGAGGAAAAUAAGAAACAUUAUCGGAGUAUCCCUGAGACGUUUUGGUGGGCGGUUAUUACAAUGACAACAGUGGGCUAUGGUGACGUGUACCCGAUUACACCAUUGGGUAAGAUUGUGGGUGGUGUGUGUUGUAUAUGCGGUGUUUUAGUUAUUGCUCUACCCAUUCCUAUUAUAGUCAACAAUUUUGCUGAGUUUUACAAGGAUCAGAUGCGGCGUGAGAAAGCAUUAAAGCGGCGGGAGGCGCUUGAACGUGCCAAACGAAACGGCAGCAUAGUCUCGUUCCACUCCAUCAAUUUAAGAGAUGCCUAUGCACGCAGUGUGGAAUUAAUAGAUGUAGCCGCUGACGGCCAUCACGAAACAUUUCACGAUACGGUCAGUGUGAACCGUAGUACCUCAAGCCCCCCUCCACCGUGUAUACUAAAGCUCAAUGAACAUACUAUGAAACUGAGUGUGGGCGAUAGCAAAGACUCUCAAAGCUUACAAGACAACUCAUGCAAUCCGAGUUCUAACAACCUCUUGGACGUUGACGACGACUCCCUCAAUCGAAUGACGUCAUCACAACCCAUGCUCAACCUUGAGGAUAAGCCCUGCAUCGAUCUUUGCGGCGAGAUCAACAAAAAUACCAUCGAGAUGGAGAAUAUCGGCCGACAAGGAAGCACUGCCAGCACCGACACGUACGCCAGUUGUUAUACCCAUCCUCCAAGUCAGGCAAGCCCUAUAAAUCCUGACAAACAGAACCUGUAUAUCAACCCUAUGGAUAUAAACUCAAUGGACCAAUUGGAAAGUUACGAUAAAGUAUUGCCACUGGACACUCCUUCGCCGGGGCCCUGCCCUUCUGUGGUGCUUCCAAAUGGCGAGACGGAAGCGUCGCCCCAGUUAGUGCAAAAAUUGGACGACGGGUUAACUGCAACAUGGCGGUUGCGUCACUCACAUCCUCAUCCACCAUUACAAACGUCAGCUUCCGAAGAUUGCCAAAGUCUCAGGCCUAAUGCAAACGGAAAUAAACUUCAAUCAUCGAAACGACACAAGUCUCUUCCUGUGGGGCGAAGAGCCCGGUUCACUGACAGUGAUAAGAGCGCCACGUCAUCGACUGAUAGUAUCAAUUCGCAAGGCUCAAGUAAAGCGAAGGGAAGAUUUAAAAAGCAAUUUAUAAGCAAAUUACAUACGCCGAGUCCGACCACGGGGAAGAAGCUUGCUAACUAUCACCUCAUCACAAGUACUAGAGACCUGAGAAACAAGCUGAAAUGGUUGUUUAUGCCCAACAAGAUGCACGUGCAAAAUGAUGACCAAGCUAGACAGUUGGAUGAAUUAUGGGAAGAACAAGAAGGUAAAGGGAAAUCAGGAAGUGGGGAAGAAGGUACGGAGAUGGAACCAUUAGAAACGUCAUCUAAACGGCGCCCCAUCUUAAGACGAGACGCCAUGAAUAAGGAGGAGACUGAGAACCUUUUAGAGGAUACCUUAAAGGAGAUUCAAGAAAAUGGAGACGAAAUUUAUUCGGUUCCAGGACACGAUGGGGAUCAGGGGUAUCAGACCUCUGAUUCCCAGGACAAGGGGCUACCUCUAUCGGGAAAAUCCGGCACUUCCUUACCAAAAUAUAGCAGCAGCAGCAGUCCAAGCAGUGAUCAAAAACUGUCUGACACCAGCUCGGCCAGUCCGGACAACUAUAAAAGCAUUCGUGAGUUAGACAAUCAGAACCAAAAUUUCAUACGUGGUUCACCAGCUAGUCCCACCGAUAAUUUGCCGUCGGAUUCUAGUCAGGCCGAACAUGUUAGUAUCAUUAUGGAUAACACGGGAUCUGUGCAGAGUGGCGACGGGGAUACCACGCCCACUAGCCCAAUCGGAAAUGGGCAGGAUACCCCCAUGAUAGAUAACAUCAGGCACAACGAGGCCAAAGAUGGUGGUAGCAAGUUCGAGUACAUCGAUGAACUUGAGGAGACGUAGGGGAGAAAGGCUUUCUAGAAGAAAACUUCCACCAAUGUGGCCACCACUACCACCAGAGUCUGCAUGAUCUUCCACUUGGACGAACUACUCAAACGGCGGUUCUGCCAGCGUGAAUAAAGUACCAUUAUGCACCAGUAUCUUACCUGAAUCAAAUGGCAAUUAGACUCAGUUGAACAACACCAGCGGAGACGAUAAUGAACAUUACUACCAUGUCACGACUAAACACAUCACUGAGUGGAAUAUAUCUAAUUUGCUUGCAUAAUACUCCAAACAUAUUAUAUAAAUGGACAAGUAGGGCGAGAUUUAGUUGGCCAGGAGGAUAAUUCUCCUGCUUGCCACUAUAUGCCGCCACAUGUAGCAUCAAGCUUAAGCGUUGCGAGUUUGUUUUGGACAUAGCAACCUGAUUUCAGGUAAACCGAGAGUUACAUGUACACUUGAACAUUUCGUUCUAGUGUACCAGUUAGUGCAGUUCACCUAUUUUUCAAUGAUCCUGUUUGGAGAAAUCACCGUUCAGCUGGAAGUCAUUUUCGUUCAAAAAACAGUUACGUGCCAAACCAACUAUUAUGGGGAUGGUUUCGCGUUCAACAUAACGUGACCAACUAUUAAGCUGUGCGGGAGUGGACUCCUGCGUAUCGCCAAAUCUAAUAUGCUUUUACAUGUAGAUAGACACAACUUUUUUACAUGAUAGUGCUAAUUUCGCUCUUGGUUAUGCUCAAAGGCCUGGAUCCCCUAUAGCGCUUUCUGGCUUGGGUCGCCACUGCGGUAAAACUACUUUCGGCUCCAGUGGAAAUUUGGAAUGAUACCAAGCGGAUAAUUCUUAGUUACCAAAUAAAUUGUGAGGCCGAAAGGGUACUUUCCUUGCCUCAGCGACCACAGCUUAAAAACGCUGGAAUCAGGCUUUUAAGAAUCCCGGGAGUCUCCUCCGGCGUGUUGUAUGCGACAAGAUAAAUGCUCAAUUUCUUUCUAUACCACUUUACUACGUUGAGUGUUUUUCACGAUAUGUUUUCUCAUAUGUUUGAUUUAUUAUGUUAUGUUUGUUGAUGCUGUGUUGUUUUUUGGUUGUUACAUGUAAAUGCAUAAAUGCUGUCAAAAUCAUCUUUAAAAUAUGCUAACUUGAUUUGUGAAAUUUACGCCGAUAUUUCCAUUAUUUUAAAAAGGAGCAACUUGGAUUUCUGAGUAAAUUGACAUUUUGGACUUUUUGCUAUCCAAAUAUUGAAGUCCGAACAAUACCAAUCGCUGGCUGUUGGAACAGACUCAGUUAAGCUCUUUCCUGCAAGUAAAAUGCUAUACGACAUAUUCUAACGAUUUCAUAAAUUGUUUGUAGGGCCUAUAUGUACAAAAAAAACAGUAUACAAGCAUACCGAGGGGUAUCCAGGGCCUUCGGGUGGCAGCAACCUUCCGUUUAUUUCGCGAAUUACGACCAAUCAUUUUCAGAGAAAAAUAAUGAUUGGCGGAUUUAUAACUGUCUUGUAGAUAUGUUAUAGGAGAUGUUCCUUAAUCUUGACGCUCUGUCAGCUCUAAAGUGAUUCGCGACUUAAAUGGUAUUAGCGGGCCGGUCGCUGUCCCCCCCCCCUCAUAGGCUUACUGCCCCCCUCAUCGUUUGUGUAAAUAAAUGUAAGAUAGUGUAAAAUAUAUGUUUAUAUAUUACAUGUAAUUGUUGUGAGACAAUAGUCAAGUCACUUAAAUAGUCCAAUCUUGAUAUUUCGCGUGUUCGGUAACAAUACAGGUAUGCGAGACAUGUACCGUGUGUACGUUUCUAUAUCGUUUUGUGCACUACAUUGUACAUUAUUGUACAUCAAUAAUUGUGAUAAAUAGCACAUAUGUAUGUAAAUAAUGUCUUCAGAUUGAUUUAUUCGGUGAGAUGGCGAGUAUUUCAUAGAAUUUUCUUAAUCAACAUUGCUACCAUACUAAGUGGGCAUGUAAAAAAUUAUAUGAAGCUAAAAAACGAUCACUACUCGUCCUGGGGAGGGAGGGGCAUGUUAAAAUGCAGUAUUUCCCCAGCGAUAUUUUUUUUAGCACAAAAGUCUCUUGUUAUAAAUACUGUAAGCUUACAUACAGGUGACGGCAUGAUUUAAGAAUGUUCGAUUGAAUACGUACACCACAGUAUCUAAACUUGUGCGGCAAUAAAUGGUUUGGUUGUUUGGGCUUGACAAAUGAGUGUUCAAAGAAAUUUCUCUGAGUUCCCUCUCACAUGGAGUUUUUUAGAUGGGUGUGCUCAUCACUCAAAGAAAGCGCGGCACGGCAAAGUUUGCUCUUCAGGAACGCAUGUUUACAAUGUACUUUGUGCGUUAUCUUUAAUUCAUAGAAUUUUCCUCGGCUAUGACUGCAACAAGGUUAUCUUCCUUCCAAGACGGUAGCUUAGUAUCAACUCCGCCUUGUGAAAUGUUAGACGUUACAAGCUACGUUCAUACUGAGGAAUCUUGUUUUACACCUGCCCAAUUUGCAUGCUGACGAAGCAGCUCAGCUCACUGGGGGAGUAGUAUGGGUCAGUCAGCUGAUACCGCGCUACCUCUUCGGUGAGGUUUGUAUCGUGAACAUCGGAUUUCGGACAGCCAGAAGUUGAUAGAUAUAAAGAAUUACUUUGAUUACUUUGAUAUUAUUGUUCUAGGGUGCUAAUUUUAUCAUCAGCAUAAUAUAUGCAAAAUAAAUGUUUAGUCAUAUAGGACGGUUGUAAUAUAAACUCGAUGCAAUUAAAUGAACAAAAGACAUCGUAAUUUUUUAAAACUAUGAUUUAGAGAAGUGAAAAAGUAGAUUUACGUAGAACUAUAUGGUGAUGGAAUACUGAACUUGGAGCGUGAACGAAAAAUGAUGUGUGAAUAUGGACGAAAUGAAUUUAUUGCCAAAAAUUGGGAGUGAUAGUUAGCGGUACAAUACAAUACAAUACAUAACCUUCUGUGGAUGAAAUUGGCAUGGGCUGGAAAUCUCUUGUGUGGUGGUAUACGUACUCACCACGACAUUUGCUUAUAUUACAUAAUUAUUGCAUUAAGGUUUUUUUCCUCAGUGAUAUUAUCAGCCUAAAUAAUGUUGGGUCCCUUGGAUCGUGACUGGGGACUCCGACACUAACUCUGACAGUGCAUGUGCAGUGCACGUACAGUGUACGAUGCUUGCACAUACAUGAAGUGCAAGCACAUGUUACAUAUUAUAUGUGUACACAUGUGCAUGUACUCUCGACACGUGUACAGUGCAAGUACAUGUCCAUGUACAAUGCUGCCAUCUAGGAUUCCUCGUCACGACCCGAACCAUAACAAUGACUUCGGAAAUGAACCCGUAUGUAUUGAAGUAUGUAUAUUACAUAAUAUGCUGUAAAUUAUAUUCCAAUUUUUUCCAAAUUUAAAAUGUAAAUCAAUAUCCUCAGAUUUCACCGACUAACUGUACAUACAUGGUUCAUUCUACAUACUUCCCGGUAGAGUAGCUUGGUCGGGGCAAUAGUCUUGAUGGAGAUCUAAGCUUCUAAAGGCACGGUUAGUUCCUUUAAGUAUUUGAAAUCUAAAUAGAUUUUGAGCUUUUACAAUACAAAAGAAUAUUCAAAAGCUAGUUUGAUUUUAGAGAAAUGGGUGUUUCGCCUCAAAGAAGGAGCGGCUCAAUUUCGGAAAUUCUUUGACCAGGUUUGCAUAAUACGGGAAAACUAGGCGUACUCUCUGGCGCCUAACUUUAGACUAUCUGAAAGCUCACAAAAUGCCAUUGUCAGUUCGAAAGCUUGUAUGCCUACAUGUAUGUGUGAUCAUCAAUUAGUGAGGUUUCGCAACCACCCGUUUAGGCCCUACGACGACGUUUAUCUAUUGUGUGAGUUUACCUGAACAAUAGAUAAACGUCGUCGAAGGGCCGAACCGGGCGGUUGCGAAACCUCCCUAUUGUCUUGGUUCCUCAUGUUACUAGUUAUAGCAGUCACAAAUUGUACAAAUUUUAUACGUUUAAAGUACAAUGUAUUUCACUUUCUCUUGCGGAUAUGUGUCAUUCGGUAGAGUUACGUCUACUAGCUGAGCGUGCAUAGUUUGCUUGUGACGCGUGUGUAUUUUUUUACGACUACGUAUAACCAUCACUGUCAAAUGUACAUACAUGUACAUCCACCACUAUAUAGUGUACAUUUCUUCACUGAAGUACAGUUGAGUUCCCCAGUAUUACAUCCUAAGAGUGCUUGUUUCUUUUUUAUUCCUAGCCGACUCAGGUCUUCGGUAUUGUACUAGAUAACACUUGUUUCAGAUUAAUCCAAAUGUGCUGUGUUGUUUUCUUUUCCUGGGGAACAAAUUGAAAAUAAAUCGAAUCAAAAUCA